AUGACUACUGGGGCACCUUUGGAGAUUCGUAUUUUCUCUGAUCUGGUGAACAAGGCGAGAGUUGUUGAGGAAUAUGCAAAGACGGUAGCCUCAUCAAAGGACACUCAAGGAGGAAACACUAGUCGGGGACGUUGCAAGUACUUUCAUCCAAGGGGUCAGAAUUUCAAGAAAGUAGGACAUGCACCUCAAGGUCAAGGAGGCUUCAAAAAGAACACUUAUGAUCAGUACCAGCGUGGCAAAGGGAGCGGGACUCAGAGUAAGGUUUCUCUGGAUUUAAAUUGUGAUCGUUGUGGACGUUUUCAACCAUAUGACUCUUGGAAGGUUGGUAUAGGCGGUUGCUUCAACUGUGGUUUUCCUGGUUACAUUGCGAGGGAUUAUACUCGUAGGAAGAACCUGAAUACGGGUCAGAGUCAACACCAGGGGCGAGUAUUUGCGGUGAACGCCAAGGAUGCUGCUAAUGCGAAUUCUCUGAUGAGAGGUAACUGGUUAAUUGGUGACAAGAUCUUGGUUACAUGGUAUGAUACUGGAGCUUUGCAUUCAUUUAUUUCGUUCGCUAAAGUUGAAGAACUAGGCUUGAAAGUGUCAGAAUUAGCAUUUGAGUUGCAUGUACAUACUCCGCAUCAGGCGGUUGUGACAAGGUCAGGUUGUAGGCAAUUUAUUCCGGAAGUAGAAAAUGGAGCAGUGAUAGCUAAAGGUUACUACCUGAACUCUGUAAUGGGGUACUGUAGUGGGGAAGAGUGUCAAUGUUAUAUCUUAUUGGUUGCUAAUGCUUUGGGAGAUGCCCAGAACUUAGAUCAGAUUUUGGUAGUUAGAGACUUUCCAAAAGUAUUUCUGGAAGAUAUUCCUGAGUUCCCACCUCACAGGGAGAUCGAAUUUACGAUUGAAUUGGUGCUGGGAGCCGGACCAGUGUCAAUUGCACCGUAUCGAAUGGCUCCGAUAGAGUUGGCUGAACUAAAGGCUCAGUUGGAAGAGCUUCUAAACAAGAGGUUCAUCCGACCGAGUGUAUCUCUGUGGGAGCGCCAGUUUUAUUGGUGA